CCCGAGGCAGCAGGAGAAGCGGCGGCGGCGGAGAAGCGAAAUUGACAAGCGGAGACGGAGGAGCGACGCUGCUGCUGCUGCCGCCGCCGCAUCUCUCGGAAAAGAAAAGUUCCUCGCCCGCUCCGCUUGUCCCUAGGAUUUUAUUUUUUUUAAAAAGCCAGUUUUGAGGGAAGCGGGGGAGGAAAAAAAUAAAAUAAAAUUCCGAAGCAUUGUCCGGCAGCUUGCGCGGGCAGGAGCUGCGCGCGGGCGCAACUUCAGGAUCGGGGCCGCCGCGCUGCGCGCAAAAGAAGAAACUGCUGCUUUUUUGCACUGGAGGGAGAAGCGCAAGGAACAGCCUCGAGCCCCCUAGGCGGAAUUUGCUUCAAAGAAAAGAAAAGGGGAAAAAGAGAGAAAACCAUCAAUUUCUUCUCCAGGAUUCCGAAGGAGAAUUAAAAGCGAUUUUCGAGCAGAUCUGUCAGGAUUUGAAUGCCUGCUAGCAGCUGCCGCCUCACUGGAAGAAGUUUUCUCUCUGAUUAUGGGCACCCUUUUCGGAGUCGUUAUAACCCUGUGUGCUUUCCAUCCUCUGGCGACUGAAGACCGGAGAUUCCUUCCCUUCUCUCUGCUGGGCUUCUGCCAAAUCGAGGCAUUGUGAUCUUCUUUCUCCAGCGAAGAAGGCAGACCGCUUCUUUUGGGAAGACCCACGGGGAGGAAAAUGGAGAGAGGCGACUGCAAUUUCUCCUCCCGGCACUGAUUCUUACUAGUGGGGAUUUUGGGAUUCCCUCCUGCCGCUUUUGGAAGAACGGAAGAAAACCUUCGUUUACAGUUGCCUGCUCGGACUUGUGGGGCGAGGAGUGGGGGGAGAAGCUGCCAAAGACGCCCCUACUUUCAUUCCUUAUUCUUCUCCCUAACCCCCCCCCUUUGCAAAGCAUGCAGUUGUUUGCUGUUCUGCUGGAAAGUAGAUUUAUAACCCCACUUUUUUCAUCCUCUUCCUCCUCUCUACCUGCUUCCUCCUUCUCUUCCUCCUUCACGGCUGGUCCUUUCCACCUUCUCCUCCUUCCCAAACCUCAGCCGCUCAGCCCCUGCCCUUCUCUAUUCCUCUUCCCUCCUCCUCCUCCUUUCCUUCCUUCUCUCCCUCCUUUCUCCUCCUCUUGCCACGCGUCCCCCAGCCUUCCUGCCCAUCUCAUCCUUUCCUUCUCUCCCUAGCCGUCAUUCUCUUGCUGCCCCUUCUUGACCUCCCAGCCUCUGCAGCCAGCCCCAUAGCUCCUCCAACCAACCCCUCCUCUGCUAGAUCUCUCUCUAACCCCCCUGCAAUUCUCACCCCCUUACUCCCCUCCUUUCCUGCCCCUUCCUUACGACCCUUCUCCCAAGAUGGCUCUGGUGGUGACCCCCUGGCAGGAAGAUCUUCCAGGCGUUCCUCCAGGGGUCCCGCCGCAGCUGCCAGCCCCAGCCCCCCAGGAGCCCAGCGGGGGCAGCAGCGGGGAGGGCAAGGCGUCGGCCUCGGCCGUGGACUGUCUGGUGUGCGGGGACAAGGCCAGCGGGAAGCACUACGGCCAGUUCACCUGCGAGGGCUGCAAGAGCUUCUUCAAGCGCUCCGUUCGCCGCAACCUCAGCUACACCUGCCGUGCCAGCCGCCAGUGCCCCGUCGACCAACACCACCGCAACCAGUGCCAGCACUGCCGCCUCACCAAGUGCCUCAAGGUUGGCAUGCGCCGUGAAGCCGUGCAACGGGGGCGCAUGGCUCCCGCGCAGCCCAGCCCGGGCCAGUACCCCUUCACCAACGGAGACCCCUACAAUUGCCACUCCUACUUGACGGGCUUCAUCUCCCUCCUCCUCCGGGCAGAGCCCUACCCCACUUCCCGCUAUGGGGCCCAGUGCCUGCAGCCCAACAACAUCAUGGGCAUCGAGAACAUCUGCGAGCUGGCCGCCCGCCUCCUCUUCAGCGCCAUCGAGUGGGCCAAGAACAUCCCCUUCUUCCCGGACUUCCAGUUGGCCGACCAGGUCUGCCUUCUGCGCAUGACCUGGAGUGAGCUCUUCGUCCUCAACGCCGCCCAGUGCUCCAUGCCUCUCCACGUGGCUCCCCUCCUGGCCGCCGCCGGCCUCCACGCCUCGCCCAUGUCCGCCGACCGCGUGGUGGCCUUCAUGGACCACAUCCGCGUCUUCCAGGAGCAGGUGGAGAAGCUGAAGGCUCUGCACGUCGACUCGGCCGAGUACUCCUGCCUGAAGGCCAUCGUCCUCUUCACCCCAGAUGCUGUGGGGCUGACGGACUUGUGCCAUGUGGAGAACGUCCAGGAGAAGUCCCAGUGUGCCUUGGAAGAGUACGUCCGGAACCAGUACCCCAACCAGCCCAGCCGAUUUGGGCGCCUCCUUCUCCGCCUCCCCUCUCUGCGCAUUGUCUCCGCCCCUGUCAUCGAGCAACUCUUCUUUGUGCGCCUGGUAGGCAAGACCCCCAUCGAGACGCUGAUUCGAGACAUGCUCCUUUCCGGGUCCAGCUUCAACUGGCCCUACAUCUCCAUGCAGUGAAAGCAGCCGGGGGUUGGAGGCCGUGACUGUUACCUUUGCCCCCAAAACUGGGCGAUGGGGGCCUGGUUGGUGCGCAGACAGCGGUGGGCUGUCGCUCAGGGAGACAGAGCGUCUCACCUGUGCUCCCUCCAAAAUGGCGGCCCUCGAGACAACCAGGAAAUGACAUCAAGGAGGUGGAGCUUGUGGGGGUUUUCCGGUUCCUUCUAAUCCCAAGGGGGCUGGGAGUGACUUUGGAAAAGCCUGCCCUUCCAUAUUUAUAUCGCAGACAAAACAAAAUGGCAGCCGUUUUCUUAAAAUGAGCUUGAUCCUUGGAUGGUUAUUUUUAAAAAUAGGCUUUGUCUACAAGAAUGUCCUUGCCCCUCAAGGAAUUGUACUGGACAUUAUGGAUCAAGAACCUGAGAUCUUUUGUUGUCCCACGUCUAAGAGAUUUCUAUAGCUUCGUUGGUGGGUCUCCCUUGGGCCCACCUUCUCAACUGGUGAAUGUUUUGUUGACAGUGUGUUGGCGACUAGAGGCCAAGGUGAACGGCCCGCCUAGGAGAAGGUUUGCAGUGGAUUGCGAUGCAGACUUGGUGACCCGCAAAAACACGUGUGGCUUGCUGAGCGUCAGUCGUGCAAUGGCACCUCAAACAAUCUUUCACCUUCCCUUUUGCGUUUGUGCAUAAAUGUGUAACGAGGGAGAAAAGGGCUGGGGCAAUUGGGGAAAAAAAAGACUUGCCUCUUCAGACCGAUCAAAAAGAAAAGACUUGCCUCCUCCUUUCUUUUCUUUUUAUAACAAGGACUUUCUUCUUCAGGCCAAUAUGUGUGAAAGUGUCCUUUACAAUACUGCAAAAAGCCCACAUAUCUUCCAAGACUCCUUCCCCGUGGGCCUUUACAGCCUAGGGAACUGUCUACAAUCUAUGAUGUUUGGGAGUGAUGGUGGAUAUCAUACCCUAGACAUGAACUGAAGCGGAAGAGAUACAGAAAAAAACGAACAAACCCAGAAUUGGAGUCGGGGGCAGUUGAUUCCAUUCAUGUGCAAAAAAGAGGAGAUAGACAGGCGAGAGACUUCUUCUUUUUUAAUCUAAAGGAGGGGCAAAAUGAUUUGGGAUGUCUCUAACCUGGAGGGGGAAACAUGCUAUUUAUAAAAUAAAAUAAACUCAGAUUAUAUCCUA